AUGGGGGCUGUGGAACGCCCUAGCAAAGAUGACGGCGUCGUCGAAAAGGCAGAGCUUUCGCGUACCAGCAGCGAAAUACGGCCCCACGACCUGGACGCUCGUGUCCAACAACUGGCCAAGGAAGCACCCCCUUUCUAUCGAAAUGCCAACCUCCGAAAGCUCUACAUCUUGAUGAUUCCUGGGUGCCUAGUCCCAGCCCUCACCCUGGGAUUCGACGCGUCCAUGAUGAAUGGCCUACAGGCUGUGGGAAGCUGGCAAGAAUAUUUUGAUAACCCCCGAGGCGCACUCUUGGGUCUUCUCACUGCCAUCCUCAUGCUAGGCGCCAUCGUUGCCACGCCCUUCAUCAGCAUGGUGGGUGAUCGCUGGGGCCGUCGAAUCGGCAUCAUUGUUGGUUCAACCAUCAUGGCAAUUGGUGGUAUUUUGCAAGGUGUCGCCGUCAACAUCGCCAUGUUCCUAGUCUCCCGAUUCGUCAUCGGUUUUGGCCUCGUCUUCUGUAACACCUACGCGCCUAUCCUUAUCGGCGAGCUCGCGCACCCAAAGGACCGCCAAGUUGUCACCUCGCUCUACCAGACCACCUUUUACGCCGGCGCCAUCCUGGCCGCCUGGGUGACGUUCGGCACCUUCGCCAUGCCCAACGAGUGGGCCUGGCGCAUCCCGUCGCUGCUCCAGGUGGCGCCCGCGUUUGUACAGAUCGUGGGCGUGUGGUUCCUGCCCGAGUCGCCACGCUGGCUUAUCGCCGUGGGCCGCGCGGCGCAGGCGAGGAGCAUCCUGGUCAAGUAUCACGCCAACGGGGACGAGAACAGCGAGCUUGUCACCCUCGCCUUCCAGGAGAUCAAGACCGUCAUCGAGGCGGAUAUGGCCAACAAGACGUCUUGGUCGGCGUUUUGGUCGUCCAAGGGUAACCGGCGGAGGGCGGUCCUUGUGGUCAUGCUUGGGCUCUUCUCUCAAUGGUCCGGAAAUGGACUUGUCUCGUACUACCUCGCCCGAGUCCUCGACACUGUUGGCAUUACGGACAACCGGGACAAGAACAUCAUCAACGGCUGCCUGAUGAUAUGGAACUGGUUCACAGCAAUCGGGUCCGCCUUCUUGACGGCGAAGCUCCGCCGCCGCACGCAAUUCAUGAUCUCGACUGCCGGCAUGCUUGCCGUGUUCGCCAGCCAAACCCUGUGCGCCGGCUUGUUUAACGAGUCCGACAACGUCUCGGCCGGCCACGGCGUCGUUGCCAUGCUCUUCGUCUUCUACACGUUCUACAAUCUGGCCUACAAUGCGCUCCUGUACUCAUACCCGGUUGAGGUCCUGCCGUACCAUAUCCGCGCCAAGGGCUUCUCGAUUCUCAUGUUCGCUGGGAAAUCAGCCAACUUUGUCAAUACCCUCCUCAAUCCGAUUGGUCUCGAGGCGCUGGGCUGGAAGUACUACUUUGUCUACGUCGGGUGGCUUUGCGUGGAGACCGCCUGCGUUUACUUCCUCUUCGUUGAGACCAAGGGUCCGUCCCUCGAGGCUAUUGCCGAGCGUUUUGAUGGUUUGAAGUAG